AUGUUGAAAGGUAGAGCCUUUUCUGCCGACGCAGAUGCGUCUCCAGACUUUGGUCCUGCCCACGAUGACCAGAUGCCCUCCUCUGAGGAAGAAGAGCUGAGCCAUGACUUCUCCGAGACCGAAGCUGGCGGUAGCGGGCGCACACGACUGGACAAUGGUGCGACUGCAACAACGCAGGAGAAUGCUGGUACCAGCGACGAGGAAGAGGACGACAAUGGCAUGCUGCCCCGCGAUAAGCAGCGAAGAACUGCCUUCUACGACUAUACUGCGGAGAAGCAGAUGAGUCACACUGAAGCCAAGCAAUUCUAUCAGCGGCAUCAACUAGAGACGCAGUUCGGAGGCUCACAAGCGGGAGAGGCAUACAGCCCUGCUAUGCGCGCAAAGACAUUCCCCGCAAACUUCGGCGCCGCGGACAGUACAGAUUUCCAUGGCAAGGCAGAGAGCAUUCGCUCUCGGAAGAGCAAUGUCACGCUUGCAAAUCAAGGACACCGGUCUAACCUACCCAUCGGGUUGUCACACACAGAGCAGUCACAGGAUCCACGUCGACACAUGACUCAACAUGGAGCCAACACUGCAGGUACGGGCAACGAAGGCGACGCUUUUCUCCAGGCCGACCAACAAGCCCGAUCCCAUGCACAACACCCCGGUCUUCCACACGAGGAAAAACCACUUUUGGCUGAAGAAGGCAUCCACGGCGCAGGCGCAGGUAUAGGUGUUGGCACAGGAGCAGGAGGCUUCGCCAUGAAUGAUUCCAGUAUCACCACUGAGCUUAGCUCCAUCUAUACGAAUAUCCAGAAAGUGCUAGAUCUACGUCACAAGUACAUUCGCUUGUCUUUACAGCGCAAUUUCGAUAACCCCAAAGAUGACCCUGCUUGGCGCAUCUACCCCUCUCCGCCUGAACCAGUAUGGAACGACUCGUCUAAACAGCGUCGCAACGCGAGCAGCAGCUUGCAGAACAGUGGAAUCCUAGAGCCCAAUGAAACCCCCAAACCACCUCGCAAAAUGGGAACGAAUAUUGGUGAAGACUUCCACCUGGAAGACUGUCUUCCAGUACCAGGCCCCGGAGAAAUGUCAUUCCGUCUGGACGACAGCGGUGUCUAUCAGGUAUAUGAAACAGCCAAGUCCGCUGAGCUCGACCAGCCCAUCGUAGCGAUUCCUACACUGCGCGAGUUCUACAUCGAUCUCGACGCCAUCCUUGACAUAUCCUCCGACGGACCGAGUAAGAGCUUUGCUUUCCGUCGUCUUCAGUAUCUUGAGGGUAAAUUCAACCUUUACUACUUGUUGAACGAAUACCAAGAAACAGCCGACACCAAAAAGGUGCCGCACAGAGACUUCUACAACGUCCGAAAGGUCGACACUCACGUUCACCAUUCAGCAUGCAUGAACCAAAAGCAUCUGCUGCGUUUCAUCAAGUCAAAGAUGAAGAAGUCACCGGAUGAAGUGGUACUUUUCCGUGAUGGCAAACAUCUCACCUUGAGGGAAGUGUUCGAGUCAAUCAAUCUGACAGCGUACGACCUAAGUAUUGACACUCUAGAUAUGCAUGCUCACACGGAUUCGUUCCAUCGUUUCGACAAGUUCAACUUGAAGUAUAACCCGAUUGGUGAAUCACGCCUACGAACCAUCUUUUUGAAGACCGACAACUUCGUCAAGGGCCGAUACCUAGCGGAAAUCACCAAGGAAGUCAUCUCGGAUCUCGAAGCGAGCAAGUACCAGUUCGUCGAGUGGCGUAUUUCCAUCUACGGCAGAGACAUCGAAGAGUGGGAUAAGCUUGCGGCUUGGGUUAUCGACAACAAGCUGUUCUCGCCUAACGUACGAUGGCUGAUUCAAGUACCUCGCCUGUUCGACGUGUACAAAGCCACCGGUCUCAUGGACAACUUCCAGCAAGUCAUCGUAAAUGUGUUCCAGCCUUUGUUCGAGGUUACCAAAGAUCCGACAAGUCACCCCAAGCUUCACGUUUUCUUGCAAAGAGUCAUUGGGUUCGAUAGUGUCGAUGAUGAGAGCAAAGUCGAGCGACGCGUGUACAGAAAGUUUCCGUUUCCAAAUGAGUGGUCUACAAAGCAGAACCCACCGUACAGCUACUGGAUGUAUUACCUCUUCGCCAACAUGUCAUCGCUUAACGUCUGGAGGAAGCAGCGUGGCUUUAACACUUUCGUCUUGCGCCCUCAUUGUGGAGAGGCUGGUGACACUGAUCAUCUGGCUGCAGCAGUACUAUGCUGUCAUAGCAUCAGCCAUGGUCUCUUGCUCCGCAAGGUGCCUCUUCUCCAGUACAUUUUUUACCUUGAGCAGAUUGGUGUCGCCAUGUCGCCUCUAAGUAACAACGCACUGUUCCUGGCAUACGAACGUAAUCCGUUCUUGAGCUACUUCAGACGGGGUCUCAACGUCUCGCUAUCGACAGACGAUCCUCUCCAAUUCGCCUUCACGAAAGAGCCCCUCAUCGAAGAAUACUCGGUCGCGGCGCAAAUCUACAAGCUAAGUGCUGUGGACAUGUGUGAGCUAGCCAAACAUUCUGUAGAGCAGAGUGGCUUCGAACAUGUUGUCAAGCAGAAGUGGUUGGGUAGUAACUACCAUCUUCCCGGCGUUGCGGGCAAUGACAUGGCGAGAUCCAACGUGCCCAGCAUUCGUGAGGCGUUCCGACACGAGACCCUCAUGGGUGAAUUAGCUAUGAUCGAUCGCUACACACGCGCCGCACAAUCUGGUAGCCACGAUCUCACCAGCUCUAACCUGCAAUCCGAAGUACCACAGACACCAAAGUCACUUCAAGGAACACACCCGACUUCUCCAACGCACGCAUCUGCAGGCGGUAAUCAGAUGUUCUCCAAAUUACCUCCUGCUCAAGUCGCUCGCUUCAAGCCCUCUACCUCGACAACCGACAUGGGCAGUCUGCAAGGCCAACCAGCCUCCCCUUCAGGUACAAAAGAGGGAGGCAGCUCCAACAUAACAGUUAACCCCAGCACCCUCUCGGUUGUUCAGCCGGCAGAGGCACCUGAAGAGCCGGACCAGGGUUUGACGCGCUCAACAAGUACUGUUACACUGGAUGGAGAACCUAGACUAUUCCCUGGUAUCGUCAGUAGUAGGAGUAGGAGGCGGAGCACUAGGACUAGCCAGGCUGAAGAUGGGGACAUGACAAGUUCGCGUUCGAGGUUCCGAGCAGGUGAUGCAGAGAGCGUCGUGGAGGAGAGGGAUACUGAUGAUGAGGAUUAG